AUGGAGAGUAGAGGCAUGAACAGUACUGAGAAAGAAGAUGAUCUCUUGGUUGACAAUACUGAUGAGGCUCUCAAGAAGAGAAUCUCUAGCCAUCCUUUGUAUGGACUCUUGGUCCAGACUCACAUUGACUGUUUGGAGGUUGGAAACAUUGGUGAUGUAGACCAAAGUCCUAGUGCGAGGCUGAAGUUACCCUGUCAAAUUACCAAUGCAAGCUCCCUCAGUCAGCCGGAAGAGCCGGAACUAGACCGUUUCAUGUCUGUUCUAGCCCUAGGCAUAGUUGUCUUAGGGGUUUCGCCUGAUGAUGGUUAA